AUGCAUCUCUCUACGCUGUUCCUAACGUUCCUAACCCUCUCACCCACCCUCUCCCAACCAACAUCACCCAUAUCCGUCACCCAACUCUUCAACUUCAGCACCUCCACUGACAUCGAAAACGGCGCCAUCGACCCUGUUACUAACACUCUUCUCAUAACCACCUUCACCGACGCCCGUCUCUACGCUCUCGACCUCAAUUACCCCCACCCCACCGCCAACCUCCUCACUUCCUUCUACCCCAACGCCACCGCCAUCACUGGCAUAGCCCCCAUCGGCCACGGCAAGUACGCCAUCACCGGCGGCGUCCGCGGCAGCUACCACUAUUACAAUGAAACUAUCUACACCAUAGACUUUGAGGCCUACGCAGCCAAUGCCACUGCUUCCCCGGUCAGCAAAGCAGUCGCGCAUCUCCCGCAGGCGAUCAUGCUCAAUGGUCUCGCUUCUCUCCCACGCCGUCCCACCACUGUCCUAGCAGCGGAUUCCCGUGUGGGGUGUAUUUUCCGCAUCGACACGCUGACCGGAACCUCGGACAUCGUUGUCCAGAGCGACGCAUUGUCGGCUCCGGCGAAUGGGUCAUCGGAGAUCGGGAUUAAUGGAUUGAAGACACACGGGGAGUAUGCGUAUUAUACCAAUACUGCGUUGAAAACUUUUGGAAGAGUGAAGAUUACCGAUGAUGGUACUGCGGUGCCUGGGAAAGAUGGCAAGGUUGAGGUGGAAGUUCUUGCCACGUUGAACCCCGGAAAGGAGGAAUACCAGUGGGAUGACUUCGAUUUCGAUAAGGAGGGGACAGCGUAUGUGGCUAUGGCAGGGUCGGGUGGUAGGGCAAUCGGAACGAUUAGUCCUGAUGGUGAUGUCGAGGUGUUGUUUACUAAGGUGAUCCGUGGGCCGACUUCGGUGCAUGUUGUUGAAAAGGAGGGGAUGAGGAAGAAGUUGUAUAUCACUACUAAUGGGAACGGUGGACAGGUUGUGGAGGCGGUGCUCUGA